CAUAUCUGCGUAUGAAAAUAUACAUCGGGGAAACGUAGUCCGGAAGAAUCUACGGCGAAGAUGCCGACGGCGUCUUCUAAAUUCUCAUCGGCCGUUCUUCUUCAACAUCUGUUCAUAGCUGCUAUUGCUUUCAAUUGUUUCGUGGUUUAUGCUUCUUCAGAUCCAUCCGUAUCACCCGAAUUAGAAGGAGGACGAGAAAUAGGAGUAGGGCAGAGAGGUUUGAAGACCUUCAAGGAAAAGGCAACUGGCACAAACAUAACCUUCGAUUGCUCUCCCUUUGGUGCUUGCAUACCCUGUCUUUACUCCGAAAAGAAAGAUGAAAAUUUCAGGUGCAGUGAAACUGGGUAUCGAAUUCCUAUAAGAUGUAUAAAAAUUAUAAAUCAAGCAGAUGAAGAAGAAAAUGAGGAGAAGAAGAAGAAGAAGCAAAAGGGCCGAAGUUUAUUGGAAGAUUCCUCUUCUUCUUCCUCUUCAUCUUCAUCUUCAUCUGGAUCUGGAAUAGAAGUGGGAAAAGAAGUCUAUUUAACUUACAGAAGCUGUAUACCUGCCAUUGAUGAAGAAAAGCUCUCCUUCAUUGGCUUUGAGGCAAUAAUGUUGGUGAUGCUUGCAUGUAGUUCAUUUGUAAUAUACAAACGUAAAGGAACACUGGGUAUGCAAGGAGGAUUCAUCAGACUUCCUACCAAUCCUCCUAGGUUUUAAGAUCUCACAUGAUUGGGAUCAUGGACUCAAUGUUUUUUUUUUCGUUGUAUUAUGAUAGAAUGUAACAAGAUGAUGAUGAUGAUUCUUUAUUAUUUUUGAAAGUGAAACAAUAUCUACCCCACAGAAAAGUUUGUAAUUUUGAGUGGAAAUUUAAAAGUGUAG